AUGGCCACACCUACACCCUCCAAGAGGAGAGGCGGCGGCGGUGGCGGGGGUGUGGAGAGGAAGGAUCUGUUCCACGUCGUCCACAAGGUGCCCGCCGGCGACAGCCCCUACGUCCGGGCCAAGCACCUCCAGCUCGUGGAGAAGGACGCGGAGGCGUCGAUCGUGUGGUUCUGGAAGGCGAUCAACUCCGGGGACAGGGUGGACAGCGCGCUCAAGGACAUGGCCGUGGUGAUGAAGCAGCAGGACCGCGCCGAGGAGGCCAUAGAGGCCAUCAGAUCCUUCAGGCACCUCUGCUCCAGGCAGGCCCAGGAGUCCCUCGACAACCUGCUCAUCGACCUCUACAAGAAAUGCGGAAAAGUCGACGAGCAGAUAGAGCUGCUGAAACAGAAGCUCAAGAUGAUAUGCCUCGGCGAGGCCUUCAACGGGAAGAUCACCAAGACGGCCCGCUCCCACGGCAAGAAGUUCCAGGUCUCGAUCCAGCAGGAGAUGUCACGCAUUCUGGGUAACCUUGGCUGGGCUUACAUGCAGCAGAACAACUAUGAAGCCGCAGAAUUGGUGUAUCGGAAGGCCCAGACUAUCGUACCUGAUGCCAACAGGGCGUGCAACCUCGGGCUGUGCUUGAUCAAGCAGGGCAGGCAUCAGGAGGCAGUGCAAGUACUCGAGGAUGUCCUACUUCGCAGAAUCUCCGGGUUGGAUGACGACAAGGCGGUUGCCCGAGCUGAGCAGCUCCUCAGUGAGCUCGGUCCGACUACACAUGUUUCAUCGCCCUUUGAUAUUGGCUUGAGUUUCACUGAAGAGAUCAUGGAGAGACUAGACCUUGUGAUGAAUGAGUGGACACCGUUCAGGUCGAGGCGGCUGCCUGUAUUCGAGGAGUUAGAUGCAUUCAGGGACCAGAUGGCUUGUUGA